UAUGCAAAGUAAGCUUGGACAUCAGCUUAAUUUCUAUUUCUGGUUUCCCCCCUACUUUUGAAAUAGCUGAGAGCUGAUGUUGUACCCAAAACUGCCGAGAACUUCCGUGCUUUGUGCACUGGUGAGAAUGGUUUUGGCUACAAGGGCUCUGGCUUUCAUCGUAUCAUCCCCAAAUUCAUGUGCCAGGGUGGCGACUUCACCAAACAUAACGGAACUGGUGGGAAGUCCAUCUACGGCAACAAGUUUGCGGAUGAGAACUUCACCCUGAAGCAUGGAGGGAAGGGAACCCUGUCCAUGGCCAAUGCCGGACCGAAUACCAACGGCUCCCAGUUCUUCAUCUGCACUGCUGAUACUACUUGGCUCGAUGGCAAACACGUUGUGUUCGGGAAAGUGGUAGAAGGAAUGAGCGUAGUGGAUGCCAUGGAGGCUAAAGGAAACAGCAACGGGAAAUGCUCUGCCAAGGUCGUGAUUGCUGAUUGUGGCCAACUUUAAUUGUUUCUUAUCCCCUCCCAUUUGAACCAGGCACAUUCCUUACUAUAUAGAUUUUUUUUUCUUUUCUUUUUCUUUUUAUUGCCAUUCCUGAAUGAGAUGCUUAUUCCAUGUGUCAUGGUCCUGUUUUAUGUAUUCUGACGGUCCCCAGGACACAAUCUGUUAAACAUGGAUUAAAGAUGGAUCAAGAUUCCUUUCAACAGGUU